AUGGUAAUGCACAUUGCAGGAAGAGCGCAAAGUUGUGUUCAGUCGAAAAGAUACUUGCUUCCUUCUGGUCCAAUUGGCCUUCCGGUGAUCAUCUUUGCUCUAGCCAAGGGCCACCGUAUCAACACCACAUUCCCUCUCUCAAGUAUUGGUCCGGCCAUCCUGCAACUGGUUCAGAUUUCAGCUCUAGCCUUCGCCAAUGGAGGUGACAACGACAUCAAGUAUGUGUUCUUCGAGGCAUCAACCAUCUCUGGAAUUUUACAUGCAAGCAUGUACCUGGAUGCUGUUGUCUUACAUUACUACACCGGUCUUGAUGCUCUGGUGAAAUCAACGUUUUCGGGUGAGUGUCCAUCUUGUGUGUGUCGAAAUGAAGAUUUGGUAGUGGGAGGAACACUGGUGUCCUACAGAGGAUGGGGUUUAACCACUUUCUUGGUUGUGGCUACCCUGUGCUGGAGAGUUAUAAGCAUGCUCUAUGGAAGGAAAUUAGGAAAGUUCAUACUGGUCUCUGCUGGAGAGUUCAAGUUGGAUCUUGGAAAUCAUAGAUUGUGUUUAUCUCUCCACAAAUUCGCCACCAGAGAAGUUGAUGUUGCAAGUUGCUGCUUUCGGAGGCAUACUUGUUUUGAUUUGCCUUUGUGUAAUCAGAGAAUUAUGCACUUGUUUAACACAUCUACGUUGUGUAUAAAAGUAGGACAGAGGAUGUUUGCAACAGAAGCAAGAUAG